AUUCUCGAUUUAUCGAUAAUGAAAAAUCAAUCAAUCAGUGAUCAAUACUGACCAAAGAAAAAUGUUAAUCACAUCGAAUAUUCUGAUAACCAUACUAUUUAUAUUAUGUUUAAUUUUAAAUACCGUAUCAAUUUGUCUUUGUUUAAGUGCAUUAUUUUUACUUUUAUUAACUUAUUUUAAUUUUCAAGAAACAAUGAAAGAUCAAUCAAGAUUAACAAAUUUCUUUGUUGAACCAAUAUAUUUGAAUGAUGAUAAUUCAACAACAACAACAACAACAACAAUUUCAUCCGUAUUUGAUCUGGAACAAUCAUCAUCCGAUUCAUCAUUAAAUCUUAUAUUUUAUCUUUUAUUUUAUUUAGCUGUUGCUAUACUUGGUAUAAUGGGUGCAACAAAACAAUCAACAAAUCCAGCGAAAUUAACCUAUCUAACAUGUCAUGUUUUACUGUUAGGUUUGAUUAUUUUCUAUAAUCUAUUAGCAUGGUUUUAUUUUCGUCAAUAUUCACCAUUAAAUGGUUCGAAUAAUUAUUCCGAUUCGGAUGAUCAAGAUCUACUAUAUGCAUCUUUAUUUGAUUUUAUUGAUUUUUUAAUCGGUUUUUUAUUAUUAAUUUUAUUGAUUUUUAAU